CGCAGUUACAGAGGAUGACGACCGAGACGACGAGCGACGACGAUGCGCUCGAGGCAUUUCUGCGUGACGAUGGCGUCCCGUCGCCCAACCUCUCGGUUGAGCACGGUGCAAUUUCAGACCUUGCGUCGAUCGCGGUCGUCAUUCCGUCGUACGUCGACCACUUUGACGUGCUUGUUCCUGCGGCCGAGGUCGUUGUCGGGUCGGUGCCGACCGAGACGAUCGCGGCGCAAGAAGCCGAGCUGGAAGCUGCGCGGCUUGCGCAGGCGCGGGCUGAUGCCGACGCGUACAUUGCCCGCGAGAGCCUCCUCGUCUACAAGGAAAAGCAGACAAAAAAGCGACUCGAAGCGCAGGCGCAGGCGCACAAAAUCAACUUGGCCAAGCGCGAGCGACAGAGCCUGCACGUCGUCGAGCUUCAGGCCAAGAAGCUAUCGCAAGUCUUCCAGCAAGCUGAAAGCCACAUGAAGAACGUCCUCGGCCAGCAGCAGGCCCAUGUCCGAGACACGUACGGCGACGCGUCAGCGCACGUCUCAAUUCAGACGCGCCGGUACCGCGCCGAGUGGGCCAAGAUCCCGCAACCUGUCGAGCUCCAAGUACAUAUGCUUCGUGCGCCCAAGGACAAGCUGGCCCAAGGCCACUACGUGCUCUUGGCAACGCUCUACGACCACCUCGGGGGCAACCCGAUCUCGUGGGGUGUCGCGGGCGAGCGCGGUAUUGGUCGCGACUACCCUGGCAUCACCCGGCCGAUCUUCCACCGCGGUCACUUUUACAACACAGAACUGAAUGUCAACCAAAGUAUCUUUUGCGUCUGCCCGUCCGAGCUGGACCUGCGCCCCGCCAAUGUCGUGAUCCUCGAGCUCUAUUUGCUCAGCGGCGCGAGUGCGAUGCACGACACGGUCGUUGGGUGGGCUGCGCUGCCGGCGUGCACGACCGACUUUACCAUUCUGGAAGGUCGCUUCAAGGUCCCGAUGCUGCGUGGCGACGUGGACCACACGAUCACAAAGUACCACGACAUUGAGCGCAUGUACACGAUGGACCUCAGCGCGUGGCUCUGCAAUGUGUACCUCACGGCCAAGCACUUGCCCCGCGAGCGGCUCGACGACGCUGGCGUCCUCCAGCGCGAGUACGACGUUGAAGUCGACUUUAUGAACCAGCUCCUCAAGCUCGAAACCACCGACCGCGCACUGCUCCAGAAGCAGGAGUAUGCUGCCACAAUUGGAGGUGUCGUCCAACCCAAGCCCCAACCCGAGCACUUGGCCGACCAUGUCUCCUGGGGCCACGCCGCGGCCGAGCUCCAGAGCGCACGGCACCGCAAGCCAAAGACAAAGAGCAGCAACAGGGUGCUUCCUGGCGUCCCGGAGUCGAAUUCCGCCCUCGUCGAGGCGCCGACCAAGCAAAAAACUCCGCGGAAGAAGCGGUCGUGGCAGUCGUGGUUCCGCCGACGCAGCACCAAAUCCAAGCCGCUACUGGUGCGCUCGAUGGUCGACGAAACCAUCGAGCUGCUCGAACCGAGGUCGCCACGGGCCACCGACGAGAGCGAAGGCGACGAGCCUCGAGACGAGAAGGACGACGACGAAAAGACGCUGGCGGUGCCCCCAAAUGACAUGCAUGCGUGGGAUUCGUUCUCGUUCACGACCAACCGCCAUCUCGAUGAGACGGUCGCCAAGCACCAGCGCUUUGCAGUCUACCGCAAGCUGCGCUACCUCAAGCAAGAGCUGUUUGCCGACCUCGGCUUGGCCAAGGCGUCCACGCUGCAGUUCUGGCUCAUGCUCUCCUUCCUCCUUCUCGCGCUCUGGCUACGCGUCUACGUGCACUACCUCGGUCAGUGGCUCUACCUUCGGUCGGCCAACGUGCCCGUCUUCACAUUCGAGCCCGCGCUCACGACAUGUGUACUCAAGUACAUUUGGAACACUGUGCCGAGCGUCGUUGAGGUCAUUUGCAUCUGCGCCGGGGUUGCUGUCAACAUGCUUACGUUCCUGCUGCUCAUGCUCAUUGCGUACAUUUGCCAGCGCGUCCUCGGGGACUUUCCCGAGCUUGGCUCCCGCUUCAUUGCAUGCUUUGGCCUUGGCACAGUCUUGGACCCGUUGCUCAUCUUCCUGGUCGAUCUCAUCUCGCACAAUUACGCGUGCGCCGACCUCCCCGAGUGCGUCGACCCGACCUCGGCCCUCUGCACGUGCGCAGAAGGCGACGCGUUCAAGCUCUACGCGCGCUACGUGCUCUCGGAGGGUACCGGCAUUGUCGGUGCCGUCUUGACGCUGCUCCUCUACGGCAUCCUCAUGAGUCUCGCCGCCGUCCUCUUCUAUACGUACCUCCUCCAUUUGCACAUGAACGGCCGCAUGUUGGACGUGUACCGCCGCGUCCACGCGCGCGAAGGCACGUUCUUUGUGCCCCAUGACUUUGAAGUCUCGGCCGCCGAGGUGAGGAAGCUCUGCGACCGUGCUGGGCGGUGGAAGUCAAUUCACGGCGCCCAGCGCAAGACUGCCGUCUGCGAGUACGAACUCCGCGACCCACUCGACCCAAAUUUCGUCGAGACGACCGUGCACAUAGCGAUCUUCACGCUCGAGCUCGACGGGUCGCGGCAGCUGUACCGCCACUUUAUCCAAAACCCCGACGGCGAGAUUCUCGAGGUCUUUGGCGCGCUCUCCGACAGCUUUGGCUCGCAGUACGCGUCGCUCGAGGCUGCGCUCUUUCAGACACAACCGGACGUCGACGCGCCCGGCAUGUUUGAUAUUGCCUAACACUAAUUAUACCGUUCGUUGUGGGCC